CUCUGCCGCGACGCGCCACCCUCGCGCCAACGCGGCGCUGCCGAGCCCGACCCACUCGCCCCGCGCCGCUCCCGCGGGAGCGCAAGUCGCUUACGUCACUGCGGAGUCGCACGGAGCGGCGGCGGCGGCCCGCGGUCUCGGCCGGCGGCCGCGGCUCGUCCGGUAUCGAUCCUCUCCCGCUGCAGGACGACCCUACCGACGCGAUACGACCGACUUUAUAACCGAGUAAAUAAAACAAACCGAAGUCGUGGCGGGUGCAGCCGGGCCGAGUCCCCCGUGAGGCGGCGCGGAUGCGGGCGCGCGGCGAGGCGUGCCUCGCGGGCGCGCGCGCCUGACGCGAGCCCGCGCACACCCAGGAGGCGGCGCUGAGCGCGCGCGAUGCCGGGCGGGCGCCGGGGGCUGGUGGCCCCGCAGAACACCUUCCUCGAGAACAUCAUCCGCCGCUCCUCCAGCCAGCCAGACAGCAGCUUCCUGCUGGCCAACGCGCAGAUCGUGGACUACCCCAUCGUGUACUGCAACGAGACGUUCUGCAAGAUGAGCGGCUACAACCGCGCCGACGUCAUGCAGAAGUCGUGCCGGUGCACGUGGAUGUACGGCGAGCUGACGGAGAAGGAGGCGGUGGAGCGCGUGGACCGCGCGCUCGACCACCACCUCGCCGACCAGUUCGAGAUCCUGCUCUACAAGAAGAACCGCACGCCGCUGUGGCUGCUGGUGCACGUGGCGCCCAUCCGCAACGAGCGCGAGCUGGUGGUGCUGUUCCUGCUCACGUUCCGCGACAUCACGGCGCUCAAGCAGCCCAUCGACGCCGACGACCCCAAGGGAGGUCUGUCCAAGUUCGCGAAGCUGGCGCGCAGCGUGACGCGCUCGCGCUCCGUGCUGGUGUCGGCGCUGCCGGCGCUCAAGGAGCCGGCGCGCACGAGCCAGCUGGCGCACGUGAUGUCGCUGUCGGGCGACGUGCUGCCGCAGUACCGCCAGGAGGCGCCCAAGACGCCGCCGCACAUCCUGCUGCACUACUGCGCCUUCAAGGCCAUCUGGGACUGGAUCAUCCUGUGCCUCACGUUCUACACGGCCAUCAUGGUGCCGUACAACGUGGCCUUCAAGAACAAGACCAGCGAGGACGUGUCGCUGCUGGUCAUCGACUCCAUCGUGGACGUGGUGUUCUUCAUCGACAUCGUGCUCAACUUCCACACCACGUUCGUGGGCGCGGGCGGCGAGGUGGUGAGCGACCCCAAGGUCAUCCGCCGCAACUACUUCAAGUCGUGGUUCCUCAUCGACCUGCUGUCGUGCCUGCCCUACGACGUGUUCAACGCCUUCGACCACGACGAGGACGGCAUCGGCAGCCUGUUCUCGGCGCUGAAGGUGGUGCGCCUGCUGCGCCUCGGGCGCGUGGUGCGCAAGCUGGACCGCUACCUGGAGUACGGCGCCGCCAUGCUCAUCCUGCUGCUGUGCUUCUACAUGCUGGUGGCGCACUGGCUGGCGUGCGUGUGGUACAGCAUCGGCCGCUCCGACGCCGACUCGGGCCUGCAGUACUCGUGGCUGUGGAAGCUGGCCAACGUCACGCAAAGCCCCUACGCCUACGUGUGGUCCAACGAGUCGGACGGGCCCGAGCUGGUCAACGGCCCGUCGCGCAAAACCAUGUACGUCACGGCGCUGUACUUCACCAUGACGUGCAUGACCUCCGUGGGCUUCGGCAACGUGGCCGCCGAGACCGAUAACGAGAAGAUCUUCACCAUCUGCAUGAUGAUCGUGGCAGCGCUGCUGUACGCGACCAUCUUCGGCCACGUGACCACCAUCAUCCAGCAGAUGACGUCGGCCACGGCCAAGUACCACGACAUGCUCAACAACGUGCGCGAGUUCAUGAAGCUGCACGAGGUGCCCAAGGCGCUGAGCGAGCGCGUCAUGGACUACGUGGUGUCCACGUGGGCCAUGACCAAGGGGCUGGACACGGACAAGGUGCUCAACUACUGCCCCAAGGACAUGAAGGCCGACAUCUGCGUGCACCUCAACCGCAAGGUGUUCAACGAGCACCCCGCCUUCCGCCUGGCGUCCGACGGCUGCCUGCGCGCGCUGGCCAUGCACUUCCACAUGUCGCACUCGGCGCCCGGCGACCUGCUGUACCACACGGGCGAGUCCAUCGACUCGCUGUGCUUCAUCGUCACCGGCAGCCUCGAGGUCAUCCAGGACGACGAGGUGGUGGCCAUCCUGGGCAAGGGCGACGUGUUCGGAGACUCGUUCUGGAAGGACAGCGCCGUGGGGCAGUCGGCCGCCAACGUGCGCGCGCUCACCUACUGCGACCUGCACACCAUCAAGCGCGACCGCCUGCUCGAGGUGCUGGACUUCUACCAGGCCUUCGCCAACAGCUUCGCGCGCAACCUCACGCUCACCUACAACCUGCGCCACCGCCUCAUCUUCCGCAAGGUGGCCGACGUGCGCCGCGAGCGCGAGCUCAUGGAGCGCCGCAAGCGCGAGCCGCAGCUGGAGCAGGCGCAGGACCACCUCGUGCGCAAGAUCUUCUCGCGCUUCCGCCGCGAGCGCAGCGUGGCCGCCGCGCCGCCGCGCGCCGCGCCGCCCGCCGCGCCGCCCGCCGCGCCGCCCGCCGCGCCCACGCCGCUCGACGCCGAGCGCGGCGACGAAGACGCGCGCGGCGGUGCGGGCGCGGCGCGCGGCAAGUGGGGCCGGCUGCUGGCGGGCGGCUCGCUGGACGCGGCCGACGCGCCGCGCGCCGCCUUCGCGCGCUCGCUCAGUGCGCGCGGUGCCGCGCCCGACACGCGCGUCGCCGCCUCGGCGCUCAAGACUGCGUUCGGGCGCGGGCGCGCGGGCAGCGUCCUGGGCGCGGCCCCGCGGCGCGAGCCCAUCGACGAGGAAGUAGACGACCGCAAGGCGAGCAUCCCGCCCGCCCCCGCACAGCCCGCGCCCGCGCCGCCCGCCGCCGCGCCCGCCCCCGCGCCCGCGCCCGCCCCCGCGCCGCCCGCCGCGCCCGCGCCGUCGCCGCACGACGCCGCGCUGGCGGAGCUGCGGCGCGACGUGCGCAACGAGGUGCAACGACUGCAGCAAAAGGUUUCAUCGCGAUGUUCAAAAACUUCAUUUUGUAUCGAUCGCGGUAUUUGUGAUCCUUAUUUUAUUCACCACUCCAUUUCUUGAAUUCACUGACUCAGAAAACGUUCGGAAAUUUUGC